AUGAAGAGUGUCAAUGAUGAAAAAAUCACAAUAUAUAAUGGAGAGGAUAUUAAAUACUUUGUCUUCCCUGAUAAAUUUGAUCAUACUUAAAGUGGAGUUCCAGGAAAUCCUUGUUACAAUUUUCGAUUUAGGAUAUUUGUGUUUUUCUCUUAUAUUGUUCUUACAUAACUUUUUCAACUUUUUUGCACUCCAACAGAAAAGAUAAUUGGAGUUUGGGAUAUUGGACACUAAAUUACAACACCAAUUAACAAUAUGUAUAAAGAACAUCGAUGGUAUAUUAGUGUUAUUAUUUAGGUUUUCUAUUGUAAUUUAAUUACUCUCAGCCAUUAUCUUAGAUGUAGCUUAUCUAUAUAUAUCACUUUAUUGGGUUCUAUACCAAAGAAAUUUUAGAUUAUUCGCUGCCUUAAUUAUCUUCUAUGUUGUUAGAGCUAUUCAUUUAAAUCUAGUAAAAUUAGAAUUCCCAUAAAAUUACUAUUGGGAGGAUCCAAAUAUUCCAAGUUUGGUUGUAAAAUAUGGAUUUUUUUCUGAUUUCUUUUAUUCUGUAAAUAUUGAAUCUAUAUAAUUUUAGGGACAUGUAGGAUAUUUAAUAAUUUGUGGACUUGAAAUGAAAAGGAUAGGUAAAAAGUAUAUGUCAGCAUUUUUCUUUAUGUGUUCUUUAUAUUAAGCUUUUGUUGUAAUUACAUUUGCAAUUCAUUACACAAUUGAUGUAAUUUAAAUAAAUUUAAAUUAGGUAACAACGGGAUGCAUUUUUGCUCAUUAUUUUUACAAUCAAGUGUGUUAUUGGGAAGUAAAGAUAGAUUUUCUCUUAAAAAUGCUUGCUAACCUCUUUUAAAGAACUUCAAAAUAAACUACUGCUAAAUAUGAAGUUUAAGGUGAUAAAUAAAUAGGAGUGACAACUGUAUGA